AUGUUUAACGUCGUUGCUACAAUCAUCACCAUUUUCACCCUUCGAAUUUACCUAAAAGACGAAGACGACCCUAUCCCAACACCCGUUACCCUUAUCGUUGCCUGUCUUAACUGUUUGGUUUGCACUGUUGAAGAUGAUGAUGACGACGAUGAAGACGAAACGCCGUUGCUAGAUUCCGAUGGUCUAACAAUGGAAACCAUGGGGAAAGGAUCGGCGAGAUUACACCAGUCUCCGAUAGAAGAUAACACAAGCUGGACCAGUGUUGUACCCGACAAUAAAUACGAGGUGGACUGGAAGCUAGUGGCGAGCUCUUUAGACGCCUUUUCAUUCGUGGCUGUACUUGGCGGGAGCAUCGCCAUAGCUGUCGUGUUUCUUAUUCCUCUUGUGGCUCAAAUGUAA